CUAGUAUGCUAAUUAUCCCCGGCAGCAAAGAUGGCGGCCAAGCAGCAUUGAACUCAUCUCCGUAAUGACUUACUAAAUUAAGCAGUAGCCGAGUUUUUGUUCGUUAAAGAAGUAAUAAGUUCUCACCGCGCUGCUUUUCUCAUGGAAGAAAUGUUGUGAGGAAAGUAUCUUUUGAGGAGGAGCUGGCGACUAUUAGCCGAUAGUUUCCCGUUGUGUGGCUGUGUGCGCAGCGGAGCAGCUAACUAGCCUGUACCGUCAUUUUUUUAAAAUGGCUCCGGUGCAGAUCGGGUCAGAUGGCCAACUCGUCCCUCUCGGGGGUCCCGUUGUCUCGGGUCCACAGCCACCACCUCCCGGGACCCCAGCUACACAGGGCAUGAAACUGAGCAUGCUUAUUGAAUUUCUUCUCCAGAGGACUUACCAUGAAAUUACCCUGCUGGCGGAGCUGCUCCCCAGGAAGACUGAUAUGGAGCGGAAAAUUGAGAUUGUCCAGUUUGCAAGUCGCACCAGGCAGCUCUUUGUACGUCUUUUGGCCCUGGUGAAGUGGGCAAGCAAUGCUGGGAAAGUUGAGAAGUGUGCGAUGAUCUCCAGCUUCCUGGAUCAGCAGGCCAUCUUGUUUGUGGAUACCGCUGACAGACUGGCUCUGCUGGCCCGGGAUGCUCUCGUACACGCUCGUUUACCCAGCUUUGCCAUCCCCUUCGCCAUCGAUGUCUUGACGACAGGGUCAUACCCACGCUUGCCUACAUGCAUACGCGAUAAAAUCAUCCCUCCAGACCCCAUCACUAAAACAGAGAAGCAGACCACUUUAAACCAGCUUAAUCAGAUUCUACGACACCGCCUUGUCACCACUGACUUACCGCCGCAGCUAGCGAAUCUCACAGUUGCUAAUGGGCGUGUUAAGUUUCGGGUGGAGGGAGAGUUUGAGGCCACUUUAACAGUCAUGGGAGACGAUCCCGAUAUUCCCUGGCGGCUGCUGAAGUUGGAAAUUCUAGUGGAGGACAAAGAAACUGGAGAUGGACGAGCUUUGGUCCAUAGUUUGCAGGUGAACUUCAUCCACGAGCUGGUCCAGGCUCGUCUUUGUGCCGAUGAAAAACCUCUACAGGACAUGUACAACUGCCUUCAUUCCUUUUGUUUGUCGCUGCAGCUCGAGGUGCUCCAUUCUCAGACCCUGAUGCUGGUCAGAGAGCGCUGGGGAGACCUGGUGCAGGAGGAAAAAUAUGUUCCAGCAAAAUACCUCACGCUUUCCGUCUGGAACCAACAGGUUUUGGGUAGAAAAACAGGCACAGCAUCGGUGCAUAAAGUCACAAUCAAAAUCGAUGAAUCAGAUGGAUCUAAGCCAUUGCAGAUAUCUCAUGAGCCUGCUCUCCCUGCCUGUGACUCAAAGUUAAUGGAGCGAGCUAUGAAGAUUGACCAUCUAUCAGUGGAGAAACUGUUGAUUGACAGCGUGCACGCCCGCGCCCAUCAGAAGCUCCAGGAACUAAAGGCCAUUUUAAAGAGCAGCAAUUCAAGUGACAACUCGUUCAUUGAGACUGCUUUGCCCACACUGGUUAUUCCAAUACUUGAGCCAUGUGGUCGCUCAGAGUGCCUGCACAUUUUUGUAGAUCUUCAUUCAGGCAUGUUUCAACCCAUGCUCUAUGGAUUAGAUCAGUCCAUGCUAGAUGACAUUGAAAAGACCAUCAAUGAUGAUAUGAAGCGCCUUCUUUCUUGGCUUCAGCAGCUCAAGUUCUGGUUGGGGGAGCAGCGAUGUCGACAGUCCGUGAAACACCUUCCCACCGUUUGCUCCGACAUCCUUCACCUCUCGAACUCAGACUCUCACCCUGUUGGCAGCUUGUCCAAGCACAAACUCUUCAUCAAGCUCACUCGUCUCCCACAGUACUACAUUGUGGUGGAAAUGUUAGAAGUGCCCAGCAGUCCCACAGCUUUACAGUACAAGUACUCUUUCCUGUCAGUUUCUCAGUUAGAGGGAGAGGAUGGGCCUAUGUGUGCACAUCUUUUGCAGCUUUUUAAACCCAACCUGGAGCACCUCGUUCAGGAACCAACGACAGUGAGAGAGGCACGACCUGGAACAAAAAGAAAGAUUACUGGGGAUCAAGGGGACCCAGAGCCUAAGAAACCCAAGAGGUCUGGAGAAAUGUGUGCUUUCAACAAAGAGCUGGCUCAUCUUGUAGCUAUGUGUGAUACCAACAUGCCUUUUAUUGGUCUCAGAGCAGAGCUUUCCAACAUGGCGAUUCCAAACGAGGGAGUCCAAGUGGAAGGAGACGGCAGUAGUCACGCGAUACGACUGCUGAAGAUUCCCCCUUGUAGAGAUGUCGGAGAGGAAACCAGGAGAGCUUUAGAGCGCUCCCUCUUGGACAGCACCAUCCGCUUGCAGGGCAGGAAUAACCGAACCUGGGUGGCUGAGCUGGUGCUGGCCAACUGUCCACUCAGCAGCACAAACAGCAAGGAACAAGCCUCCACUCGACAUGUGUAUUUGACCUAUGAAAACCCUCUGUCAGAGCCAGUGGGAGGCAGGAAGGUUGUAGAGAUGUUCCUAAAUGACUGGAAAGCUAUUAGCCAGCUCUACCAAUGUGUUCUGAACUUUUCUUGUGCACUGCCAGAAAUGCCACCUUACCUGAGCCAGUUCUCGGAGGUACGGCUGUAUAACUACCGUAAACUGGUGCUGUGCUACGGCACCACCAAGGGCAGCUCUGUCACCAUCCAGUGGAACUCCAACAUGCAGCGCUUCCACCUCGCCCUGGGCACUGUGGGGCCAAACUCAGGCUGCUCCAACUGCCAUAACAUCAUCCUCCACCAACUGCAGGAGAUGUUCAACAAGAACCCAAAUGUGGUGCAGCUGCUGCAGGUGCUCUAUGACACACUAGCCCCUCUCAAUGCAAUAAACAAGCUACCAACAGUGCCCAUGCUGGGGCUCACCCAGCGCACCAACACUGCCUACCAGUGUUUCUCCAUUCUGCCCCAGUCACCCACGCACAUCCGCCUGGCGUUCCGCAACAUGUACUGCAUCGACAUUUACUGCCGCAGCCGAGGAGUGGUGGCCAUUCGAGACGGAGCCUACAGCCUCUUUGACAACACUAAGAUUGUGGAGGGAUUUUACCCUGCUCCAGGACUGAAGACAUUCCUUAACAUGUUUGUAGACAGUAAUCAAGACGCUCGCAGACGUUCAGUCAACGAAGAUGACAACCCUCCCUCACCUGUGGGCAUGGAUGUGAUGGACAGUCUGAUGAACCAGCUGCAGGCUCCACAGCAGCCCCAGACAAUGAGAGGAGGUGUAUACCCCCCUCUUACGUCACCACCACCCAAUUAUCAUGCCAAUGUUGCUCCAUCACCAUCCAUGAUGCCCACCCAGUCUCCAGGGAACAUCCAUGCCUCUGGCUCCCCUAGUGGAGCUUUGAGGGCACCCUCUCCUUUUGGCCCCACCCCGUCUCCAUCGUCUCUGGGCAUAGCCAUGGGCCAGACCAGCUUUGCCAGUCCCCACGGUCCUCUGGACCCCAGCUCUCCUUAUACCAUGGUUUCUCCCAGUCAUAGAGGCCAGUGGCCAGGCUCACCACAGGUUUCAGGACCUUCACCUGGGGCAAGAAUCCCUGGCAUGUCCCCUGGCAAUCCUUCCCUGCACUCACCUAUUCCUGAUCCCAAUUCUCCACGUGCUGGGAGUAGUUCCCAAGUCAUGCCUACUAGUAUGCCUCCUCCCCGAAAGCUACCUCAGCGCCCCUGGGCUGCAUCCAUCCCCACAAUCCUCUCCCACAAUGCCUUACAUGUACUUCUGCUCCCCUCACCCACUCCCUGCAUGGUGCCGGGCCUGGCAGGAAGCUACCUCUGCUCGCCACUGGAGCGCUUUUUGGGUUCAGUUAUAAUGAGGCGGCACCUGCAGAGGAUCAUCCAGCAGGAGGCAAAUUUAUCGAUUGUGAACUCCAACGAGCCAGGCGUGAUCAUGUUCAAAACGGAUGUUCUUAAGUGCCGAGUGGCUCUCAACCCAAAGAACUAUCAGACUCUGCAACUCAAAGUUACCCCGGAAAACGCAGGUCCCUGGUCCCAGGAGGAGCUUCAGGUGCUGGAGAGGUUCUUCGAGACCCGGGUUGCUGGUCCUCCCUUUAAAUUCAACACUCUGAGUGCCUUCACCAAACUGCUAGGGGCUCCCACUAAUGUUCUUAGAGACUGUGUGCGCAUCAUGAAGCUUGAACUGUUCCCUGACCAGGCUGGACAGCUCAAGUGGAAUGUCCAGUUCUGUCUCACCAUCCCUCCCAGUGCUCCUCCCAUUGCCCCUCCUGGGACCAUAGCUGUGGUGCUCAAGGCCAAAAUGCUUUUCUUUCUGCAGCUGACCCAACGUAUCCCAGUGCCCCAGGAGCCUGUGAGCAUUAUUGUGCCCAUUGUGUAUGAUAUGGCCACGGGCCUCACUCAGCAGGCUGAUAUUCCCAGACAGCACAGCUCAUCGGGGGCUGCAGCGCUUUUGGUUUCCAAUAUCCUCAAGAGGUUUAAUGAGCUGCAUCCUGCUAGGCAGGGUGAGUGCACCAUCUUUGCAUCUGUUCAAGAGCUUAUGGCUGGCCUCACGCUUCCUCCCAGCACGCGACAGUAGAAAUGAACUAACUCUCAGAGCCUGUGCUGAAAGCAAACUGGAGUCGCCUUAGCUCAAGGAUGGGGCAGACCAGAGCGGACAAGACAACAGUCCAGCAUGCCAUUUCUCUUCAGCUAAAAACUUUGACUUGAUUACUAUCAAAAGGCUAAAACAUCAACGGGUCUUCAGUUUGGCUUUGCUUUCAGGGUGGGUCUUGGAAAGAGGUAAAUGUUGAAUGCAAAAAGAAAAUUGUAAAUGUAUUAUUUUUGUCCUCCAGGCACUUGUAAACAAAAUUAUCUAUUGAAAAUUAAGAUUGUUUACAAAAUAUGUACAUUGUUGUAAAUUUGCUUGUCAGAAAAAAACCAGGUAAGAUAGAUCAUUGCGAGAAUGUUUUUUUUUUUUUUUUGGCGUCUGGUUGAUGUUACUGUAGUAUCGGGAUAGAUUCCUUAGCACACUAUUUAAUGACCUUCCUGCCUUUAUUUUGUCAGUAUCUCUGCUUUUUUAUUUGAAAUCUUCAUUUUCUAUACUCUAAAACUGUGAUAAACUUUAUAAGCCAGUUGUAUUUUACUAAGACCCGUUUUGAGUCCUGAUUGAAGGAUUUUGGGACAUUCUGUCUGACUUUGCUAUUUAAUAAAGCCCCAAGUUUGUUUGUG